GGACAGCUACCGACUUCUACAAGCCUCCUAACAUUCCAAUUGCAAGGCUUGUUUUCGAUCCAUCGACCGACCACACGCCACCCGCAAAAUGACCAUGAAGAAGAUUGCCUUGGUUGUCCUCGUGGUUGCUGUCUGCAUGUCCGCAGCUAUGGCUGCUGCACCUCUAAAGGCUGCAGCCGCCACCCCAGCUGCCACCCCCUCCGCAGCUCCCAUCUCCGAUGCUUCUGUUCCAGCACCUAAUGGAAGCAACAUGAACGCCGUUGGAUCUCUGGUCGGAGCUUCAGUCUUGUCCUUCUUGGCCCUUUACUUGCACUAAAUUAUUGAUGAUAGUGAAAAAAAAAAAAAAAUGAGAGAAAUACUUCAUCUUUGAAUCCUAGGUGCACGUGUAAUAUAUUCCCCAGUAAAUGAAACUACAGUAUUUAUUCAAAUUUAUUCUUCAUGAUUUACC